UUUGGCUUUGGCUUUGGCUUGCGGUCCGUGGCUGUAAAAGGAGAAGUCCAGAGGAGGCAGGUUGAAGUUGCAGCAUCUUUCGGAGCUCCCUAAGCGGAGGCGGUGGAGAGCGGAGGCUUUCGGCUCCCAGAAAUCUCCACAGGAGCCAUGGCACACUACCCCACAAGGCUGAAGACCAGACAGACUUACUCGUGGGUUGGCAGGCCACUGUUGGAUGGACAGCUGCACCACAAAACCUAUAAAGAAAUGUGUGUGAAAAUAAAAGGUGAUUCAACUGAGAUUCACAUCCAGGUUGGACAGUUUGUGUUGAUUGAAGGGGAAGAUGAUGAAAACCCAUAUGUUGCCAAAUUGAUGGAGUUGUUUGAAGAUGAUUCUGACCCUCACCCUAAGAAACAUGCACGAGUACAGUGGUUCAUCCGAUUCUGUGAAGUCCCUGUCUGUCAACAGCAUCUGUUGGGCCGGAAGCCUGCUGCACAGGAGAUAUUCUGGUGUGAUUACCCUGGCUAUGAGAACAGCAUUAAUGCUGAAACCAUCAUUGGCCCCGUUCAGGUAGUAGCUUUAGCCCCAGAUGAAGUGGUACCUACGGAUCUGGAAGAUGAGAAGAUAUUCUUUGUGAAACUAUCCUGGAAUAAAGAGAAAUUCAGGCCACUCUCCCCAAAACUAUUUGCGGAGUUGGAAAAACUACCGGAUGGUAGCUCCAAGGGCCAGAAGCGCGUGGGAACCAAGACUAAUUGCAUAGAAAGUCCUUCUUGCACCCCAGCAGAACAUGUGGUCACAAGGAUUGAAUCAAAGCACUCCACUGCCAAGUCUCGGCAGACGCCUACCCAUCCCGUCACCCCAAGAGCAAGGAAGAGGCUGGAGCUUGGCAGUUUCCCUGGGACACCCAACACUAGGAUGUCCCAGACUUCACGUGCCUCCUUGGGGUCUCUGGGAGGAAAUAAACGGAAAAUGUCCCUCUCUGAGAUCCCUUCACCUUCUAAGAGGUCCCUGUCUAAUAAAUUUCAAACCGUGUCUCCAGUCCUGAAAGCCCCAGAGAAAAGUGGAAAGAUUCAACUCUUUGGUACUAAAGAUGACAAGAAGGCUUCAUCUGAACGUCACAUGAUCCUGAGAACCCGAAUCUCAGCUUUGGAAACCACAGAAAUUAGUGAGGACAGAACACUUAACCCGAUCAGCAGGAGACGGAGAUCCUCAGGGGUGCCCUCAGUGAUUCUGAAGCCAGUAUACAUCAAAAAGAGGGAUACAAAAGAACAAGAAUCUCAGAAUGAAGCUGCCUCUGCUCCCCGUCGGACUUGCAGAAAGAGUUCUCUCUUGUCUUUGGAUCGGAUUAGACAGCAGCUUCGGUUUCUAGGUUAUGACAAAAGUGAAAAAGAGGAAGAGUUCCUGCCAGCAGCAGAGAUUUCAGACUGGAGCAGUGAGGAGGAAGAGGCUUCCACGCCACCCCAUCCCAGGAGGACACUCAGAAAUACGUCUAAGAACCUCCACUUGUCCUUGAAGUCAUCCUUACAAACCCCCUCCAAGACGCCAAAGAAAACCCCCAAGUCUAGAACACCCCGUCAUGCCACUCCUCAGAUUCGCAGCCGAAAGCUGGCUGCCCGGCAGCCCACCAGCAUGCUGGAGGAGGCCCGGCUGAGGCUGCAUGUUUCUGCUGUACCUGAGUCUCUACCCUGUCGAGAACAGGAAUUCCAGGACAUCUACAGCUUUGUGGAGAGCAAACUCCUUGACCAUACAGGAGGGUGCAUGUACAUCUCUGGUGUCCCUGGGACAGGGAAGACCGCCACUGUGCACGAGGUGAUCCGCUGCUUGCAGCAGGCAGCCCAAGCACAUAACGUUCCUUCCUUUCGGUUCAUUGAGGUCAAUGGCAUGAAGCUCACGGAGCCCCACCAAGUCUACGUGCAGAUCUUGGAGAAGCUAACAGGCCAGAAGGCAACGGCUAACCACGCGGCAGAAAUGCUGGCAAAGCGAUUCCGCACUCCGGGGUCCCCUCAGGAAACUACAGUGCUGCUUGUGGACGAGCUCGACCUCCUGUGGACUCACAAACAAGAUGUAAUGUACAAUCUGUUCGAUUGGCCCACUCACAAGGAGGCCCGGCUGGUGGUUCUGACCAUUGCCAACACAAUGGACCUGCCAGAGCGAAUCAUGAUGAACCGGGUGUCAAGCCGACUGGGUCUUACUAGGAUGUCCUUCCAGCCCUAUACUCACAGCCAGCUGCAGCAGAUCCUGGUGUCCCGACUCAGACAUUUAAAGGCCUUUGAGGAUGAUGCCAUCCAGUUGGUAGCCAGGAAGGUAGCAGCCCUCUCUGGAGAUGCACGGCGCUGCCUGGACAUCUGCAGGCGUGCCACUGAGAUCUGCGAGCUCGCCCCCCAGAAGCCUGGUGCCCCCGGCCUGGUCACAAUAGCCCAUUUAAUGGAAGCUGUGGAUGAGAUGUUUUCAUCAUCAUACAUCACUGCUAUCAAAAACUCCUCCAUUCUGGAACAGGGCUUCCUGAGAGCCAUCCUUGCAGAGUUCCGUCGGUCAGGCCUGGAGGAAGCAACAUUUCAACAGAUAUACAGUCAGCAUGUGACACUUUGCAGAAUGGAGGGGCUGCCAUAUCCUACCAUGUCAGAGAGCAUGGCCGUGUGUUCUCAGCUGGGCUCCUGCCGCCUCCUGCUGGUGGAGCCCAGCAGGAAUGACCUGCUCCUUCGCGUGCGGCUGAACGUCAACCAGGAUGAUGUGCUGUACGCGCUGAAAGAAGAGUGAAGAGCCGUCAGGAGGAAGCACUGUUAGCUGCCGGGGUUUUAUUUUUGUUUUUGUUUUGUUUUUGAGACAGAGUCUCACAAUGUCUCCCUUGGUAGAGUGCUGUCACGUUGCAGCUCACAACAACCUCAAACUCUUGGGCUUAAGCGAGUCUCUUGCCUCAGCCUCCCAAGUAGCUGCCACAACGCCCGGCUAUUUUUUGUUGUUGUUGUUGUAGUUGUCAUUGUUGUUUGGCAGCCCCAGGCUGGGUUCAAACCCACCACCUCUGGUGUAUGUGGCUGGCGCCUUGGUCGCUGAGCUACAGACGCUGAGCCAGCUGCUGUUUUCUAAGAGCUUGAUUUCCCUUUUUCUAUGCACAUGAAAUUGUUGUAGCAAAGUAUAUUGAAUGCAAGUGACUCGUGUGUUUUGAAAUUUUCCAUUAAAUAAUUGCUUUUUCCAGAGCAUUUGGAAAGUCAUUACAAACAUCAGUUUAUAAACCAAACUGUCUUUCUUACAAUAGGCCCAGAGGCCCUCUCUCAGACUUUUAUUUCUAUUACUAGCCCUGCCAUUUAUUUAAUGAUAACAUAUAAAAUAUGUAAUUUUAUGUAUAUAUGAUAUUGGAUGAAUGUAAAAUAGUUCUGGGAGAAAAUGUAAGAAAUUGGUUAUAUUGGUCACCUAGGGUCAGGGUUUAGAUACUCUGACAGACUUUACAC